UGUAUGUUCUAAACUUGGAUAUACGACUGUGUUAGGGAAAUAAUACAGUAGGCCACUAAUUUAUGUUGUUGGUUGCUAGGUAUUAUUUAACUGGUAUCUUAUAGUAUUUAUAAUGUCGGGAUUGUCAGCGUUGGCCAGAGUGAAAGAAUAUCAUAAAAUAUCUUUUGAGUAUAUUUCUAAUGCACUUGAAAUUGAUGAAAGUGUGGAUGGUGACAAAAAUGAAGCAGUGGAAUGGUACUUGAAAGGCAUUGAAGAGUUGAAAAAUGGCCUUGCAGAAGAAUGUAUAGGUGCUAGUAGAGAUGAUAAAGACAAAGCGGCGAGGCUUCAAAUCAAAAUGAAAAGCAAUUUGAAAAUGGCGGAAGACAGGUUGGAAUGUCUCCUUGAUGGGCAAGAUGAGAACAGACCUUCGGAAGCAAACAUUUCAAAAUCUAAAACAAGAAAACGAGAUGAUAAAUCACCCAGUACAGGAAAUUCAAGCAAGUUGAAUAUAAAAUCUAAAUCAAGUCGGAUUCCAUCGUCCACGACCACUAGAAAUGCUGUUGUCACAAAGAAGUCAGAGGAACGCAAGCCCUGGAUUCCUUCUUCUAAGCCGACUUCACGCCCAUCUCGACCCAGAGAGAGCCCUUCUACCUCUAGGGAACAAUAUCGAAGUCCAAACUCACAACCAACUGACUCUAACUCUAGAAAUACACCAUUGCGCCAAAGAGUAAACCUCAAAAAUGUUCCAAAAGAAAUGGUCAAUAAAAUAUUAGAUGAUCUUGUUGAACCUGGUUCCCAUAAUGUUCGCCUUGCAGAUGUUGCAGGACAAGAGGUGGCUAAGCAAGCGUUGAAGGAAAUUGUGAUACUACCUGCUUUAAGGCCUGAAUUCUUUACCGGACUAAGAACGCCGGCAAGAGGUUUAUUGCUCUUUGGUCCACCUGGAACUGGCAAAACCUUACUUGCAAAAGCAGUUGCCGCAGAAGCGAAAUCAAAUUUUUUUAACAUCAGUGCAUCAACGCUAACGUCAAAAUGGGUUGGGGAAGGUGAAAAGAUGGUACGAGCACUUUUUGGAGUUGCGAAAGAGGUUCAACCAACUGUUGUUUUCAUUGAUGAAAUUGACUCACUUUUGUGUGAAAGAAAAGAAGGGGAAUCUGAUUCAGUACGUCGACUCAAAACAGAGUUCAUGAUGAGAUUUGAUGGCGUUGACUCAAAUGCAGGCGAUAGAAUCCUUGUCAUGGGAGCAACAAAUCGACCGCAAGAACUUGAUGAUGCAGUUUUGAGACGAUUUCCAAAGCGAGUUUAUGUUGGACUUCCAGAUGUUUCCGCCAGAAUUCAGCUACUCAAUAUGCUUUUGUCCAAACAAGGAUCACCACUUAAGAAAUCAGAAAUUGAAAAACUAGCUCUUCAAACAGAACUUUAUUCUGGAUCAGAUUUGACAGAACUUGCAAAAGAUGCCGCUCUAGGGCCAGUACGUGAAAUGUCACAAGAUCAACUUGUGUCCAUUGACGUUAAACAAAUGCGACCGAUAAAAUAUAAGGAUUUUGAGCAUUCGUUGAAAAAAAUCAGACCAAGUGUGUCUACAAAAUUACUUAAAAUAUAUGAGGAAUGGAAUGCUAAAUUUGGUGACAAUUCGGCUUUAUGAUAAUUUCAUUGAUUUAAGCUGUGAUUAGAUUCUUAAAAUAGCUUUCAGGUUUAAGAUAUUGAAGCGUAUUAUUCUGGAAAGUCACCAUUCAGGAAAGAUGUUAUUAUAAAUAUCCUAAAUUUGACCUUUAUGUCAUGGAUUUCUGGAUAAUAUUGGGAUUAAUAUUAUGAAUUUUGACGAUUAUUAUACAGGGUGUCACAAAAAAUAGAACCGAGGCAUUUUUGUAAUCGGAACAUAUUCUAGGCGGGACACAACUUUUGUUCAGAGCGUCUUAGAUUACUGAAAAUUUCAGGUACAAAUAUAUACAUACAUAAAUUCAAGUGUUGUUCUUUUUCUUGGUCACUCUGUAUAAUAAAACUUUGACAAUACAAACUGUUAUCGACAUUUCCAGGGUAUUUUAAAAUUUCUGACUCGAGCCAUGGUUAAAAAGAUAUUUCGCUUGAUAAAUCAUCAUUUUAUUAUUGUAUUUUUUGUAACCUAGUUCUGUUCCACACUUUUUUCUUGUCAAAUAUUUCUUUUUAUACUAGGGAAUAUUGUAUUGUAUUCAUCGUUCCUUCCGAUAUUAUAUUAAUUCUCUUUUCUAAAAUGCUAUUAAAAGAUAGAAAUAAGAAGAAUGCAAUAUUCUAACAUCAUGAAGUAGGUUGCCGUCAAUUGAAAUAUAUAAAUUGCUAUCCUAAACUACAUUUUAAUAAAUUUUUCUCGUAUCUCCAUUCUGUAAAAAGACUCGAUAAUAUAUAGCAGUGCCUGCAUAAAUAUGUUCAUAAAUAGUUUCAUUAUUAUAUAUUCCUUGGAAAUUUAUCUGUUCUGCAGCACAAUUGAACUUGGUUAUCAAAUUAUGGUUCUGUAAAAAAGACCAUUUUAUAUGAAUUCUCAGCAAAAAUAAUAUUUUUCGUAGAAUAUUUUUUUUUAUUUUGUUUGUGGAGCCGAAGUUCAGAUUCAGGAAUUUCAUCUAUUUCACGUCAUUCAUAUUACCUACUUCAUUAUUUAUAUAUAUAUUACGGUAGUACAUUUGUUAACAUUGGUAAUGCUAAAAAUAUAAUAUUACAAGCAUGCAUCCAACCCUGUUUUUAUGACCUGAAUAUGUAUGAAUGCAGGGGUGAAAAUAAAGACAAUAUUUGUAAUACAGCAAUCUUGCAGUAAUAUGAUGUUUUUACGGUUGAUAAUCUUUGUUCAAUAUGUACCAUUUCUUCGUUAUAACCAUGACUAAAUUCAAUAUGAGGAAGUACUUUGACAGGUUUCCAUUUAUAUGAGAAUAUACAACAUUGUUUAUUCAUAGAAGUGAGUGCUCCUUGUCUAAGAUACACCGAUGUUAUGCUUCUCAAAAAAUUUACGGUAUAUGAAGACACUCAAAUGUUUCGAAUCUGUUUAGAGAUUUUGUACUCUAUUCAUUUGGGACAAUAUUUAAAAUACUGUUUUCAGUUUCAAUUGGAAUAAAGUGUUCGAAAAAUCAUUUCAUUCCUAAUGUUGUUUCGUAUUUUGAAAUGGAAUUGAAUAUAUAUCAUGCAUUGGGCCUAUGAGGAAGAGUUUAUGUUGAAAAAAUUGCCGCUUUACCAAAAUAUAUUAAAAACUUCCACAGAAAUAGGGAAUAUUAUCUGCAUUUGCAGUAAUUAUAAUGAGAUUGUUUUAAUAUUAUGGCCUGUCAUUGGCUAAUACA